AUUAGUUUCAUAGAAUAUAACUAAACGAAAAUUCUGACUAGAUUUUAAACACAAUUGUACUAUUUCAGAUUCUAUCUAUAAAUGGAUUUAAUGUAUUACUAGCGAAGUGUUGGUGUAGCUUAGUUAAUUAUGUUUAUUAACAGUCGGUAUGUUUUAUUCUGAGCAUUUAUCCCAUACUUUAAAUCCAUUUGUUUGUCUUAAAGUAUUUACUUCGUAAGUUUAGUUAUCCAGUAUAUUUGAUAUACUUAUUCUGUUCUUCUGUUUCUUUCUUGUGCUGAUACUUUUUUUCUUUUGUUGUAUUAAUAAUUUGUGUAACAUGUUUGACUGGUGCUUAUCUUUUUCGAUGUUGUAUCGUCUUCUAUUACUGAUGACCAUUUUCCCAGCUGAUAUUAAUAUUUUCUGCUACUCCUUGUACAUUACCACACUUCAGUCAGCUCUUCCCAGAUUAAAACAAGAAUUCGAAGUAAAUAAUAUAGAUUCCAAUAAAAAAACAAAUCUCUUAGUAUUUCGUAUUGUUUAUUCGAAUCUUCCCAUUGAUGUUUAAGACUGCAAUUGAUCAGUCUGUUAUUGGCAUAUGUGCAUACUGUGCGUAUGCCUCGAUAUUGUUUUAAUUCACAAGCUAUUUGUAAGCAAUGAUGGAUAGUGGCCAGCAGUGGAAUCCAGGACGCGCGUUUCGUCCUAUUUGGGACCCGUCAGCUGGAUGUACCUGCAUCUCAGAGAGUUGAUGCUCUCUCUGGGACUUAUAUUCGAUCAUACUAAAACAGUCAGGGUUAAUGAGUGAAUAAUUGACAAGGUCAAAACGUGGCUUGAAAAGAAUGAAUAAGUUAGCUUGUCCAGAAGCUAAAAUAACUUACACGAGCUGUAAAUAAUACCAACCACCAAAAAAUUUUACAGUAUAAAUUGUUUUUAGGGUAAGCAAAUGCUUAACAACUUUGUAGUAAUUCACUACUAUUGAUAUAAAAUCUCUAAAACGUUUCAUCCACUUAUAGUUAGACAUUUUAAUGUUUAAGUAUUUGUAUGUUGCUUAAUUUUCACAUCAAGAUAUAUAUUUUAAGAGGCGACAAACCUUGUUCUUCACUAAGGUAUCAACUAGUUAUUACUCAAAUCAACUAGAAGAUCAAAACCCAAUGGUUUCUUCUCAAUAAUUACAAAUUCUCCGUAUAAGUUCUUAAGUUCUGUAGUCAAUAGUGUUUAACUGUCUUAUUAAAUAUAGCCUUAAAAAUGUAUCUUUUCCUUAUUCAUUAUAAUCUUUUGCUUCAAAACUUUAUAAUUUGGUGACAUAUUCUGGUCUUAACACUAAAAUAUUUCUCUUGUAACUGCUUGCGGGUAUUUUUUUAUUUCAAGGAAGGUACUGUUGCAAAUUGUUUAGAUCAUUCCAAGCAUCUAAAAAAAUACAAAAUCUUACUAGUGUUUAAAUUCUUCGGUGACUUACUAAUGGGUAUCAAAAGUUCCGGUAAAGGGAAUGUAGUAAUCGCUAUAUGUUCAAUGCGUUCGUUCUAUAUGAUAAUCUACAAUGUCAUUCUCUAAAAUGGUUCACAUUUAUAUAUAACAUUGUUUGUUAUCUUUUAGGCAAUAAAUUCAUAUCAUAUUACACCAAGUGUAUUGUUUAUCUGAUCAGUCAUUCCAACUGGUAACAUAUUUCGUUUAGUUAGAACUCUUCGAUUCGUCCUGGCGUUAGCAUGAACUCUGCACAGUAUUACAUGCUGACUAUGAUAUAAAUGAAUCUUGCAACUAGCGAAUAAGUUUCUAGCCUCAAUAAUGGUAAAUUCUUCGGUCGAAAACCAGCGUAAGUUUAAAGUACUGUUAUGCCAACUGAUAUGUUGGGACAAACAAGUGAGCAAUGCUGAGGUUAGGCAUAGAGUACCGGGUAAACAUGUCAACUUGGUUGAUGGGGUAAUGAACCUUCACCAACUGAGAUGGUUGAUAUAUGUACUAAGUUUGCUCAAACAUAGCCUAUUUCAAUGGGCGAUAUUCAUUGGUCUGGAUCUGAAGUGAGCUAGUAUUGACCAUACCAAAUCGCUGACUAUUGGACUAAACUGUAAUGGUAGAUGGAAAAUAUAUGGUUGGAGUCGGUGCUACUAUUGUAACCAAUGAGUAGAAGUUCUGAGUGACAUAGCUUAGCAUCAGUCACAAUAGCGAAGAUGCACCCACAAUUUUGUUUCUAUUAGAUCUUCAGUUUUAAAAAUAUCUUAGACUUCUAUUCUCUGACUACAGUCCUUUUGAGUCAUGUCUAAUGUUUUUUACUAUUAUUGAUUCUGUUAAUACUUCUACUCCUCGUGCAUUUGUCCUGGUAAUUUCAUUUUGUUGGUGUAAUAUGAUGUGUCAACUUGAACCAAUGUACAUUUGUGCUUGGUUUUACAUUCCUUAUGACCGACCGAAAUCACUCUACAAUUGUUCUUUCCCCGUUAUUAAUACGCAGUUUACUAAUGUUUAGUAAUGACAACUAGUCAACACCAAUACUGUUCUUAAUAAGUUGAUCCUCCAUAAGUGUAUUGAAUCCGGCUCGACACAUUUCUUAAGUAUGCGAGGGACUAUCUUAUAGAAAUACAAUCAUAAACUGGUUACAGAUUUCAUUUCAUAGUUAUAUAUGUUAUUUUGACCAUUACAUCUCUAAUUGAAGCGUUGGUUCAAUGCUUAAGACGUUUGACUUUCAAUCACUGAGUUGUGGGUCCGCUUCAUCUACUUCAGUUUGGAUAACUUUGUAGAGUAUCACUAGCUCUCACACACUUGAGGUGGGACUGAAGUUAUUAUACACUAAUUCGAAAAUAAUAAUCUCAUUGGAUAUAUGUAUAUAGUUUACAAUUGUUGUCAGUAUAUUCAAACUCAUUAAUGAAAUUUUUUAAUUGUAUAAACUAUCCAUUUUAUUUGUAUGUUUUUUUAGCUUUGGUUUUUAAAUAAUUAACAGUAGUCAGCUAUACACAAUGCCGGACUUGGAAGACAUGCCCACCCUUUCAAGUUGACACACCACAAUGUCAAUAUAGUGAGAUGGUAGAUUGGUAGAAGUUAUAACCGUACUAGUUGUUGUGCAGAAAAUUAGGCAUAGACCGUAUGAUUCAAGAAAAAGGAAUGAGUUUGUGAAAUAUUAAGUCUAAAAUAGUUUUGAGACCCAAUAUAUAAAAAAAGAAAAUUAUGAAUAUAUCUGUGUUAUUAUAAUUAAAUUUAAGCCUUGGUCACUCAAAGUCCUCCAAACACCACUGUUUAAAAUAAUUACGCAAACCCUAACCAGAUAGGCAGUCUGCACCAACCAACAUGGCUCAGUUCCAACAACAAACCUUUUUAACGGUUCAGUGGAUUAUAUUUGACUUUUUUUAAUGGUGAUACUCGUUCUUCAAUAAUAUGUUUGUUUAUUUUUUCUUUUAUAUUUCACAGGGUGUUUGGUGGUAUAAUACGAUGAAAUUUAGUAAUAACAAUGUACUGUUGGAUACAAUAAGAUAUUUUUGUGGUGCAUUCAUGCGUUCACCUUAUAUGGCAAUGCCACGUAUUAUUAAAGUAUUAUCCACUGCAUAUGAAUUCAAUCCAAAUUAUAAUAAAGAAAUAAUUUGUCGACCAAGUGAUAACACUGAACUACCUCCGUUAAUUAUGCAGAUACCAUUCUUCACUAUUUUUAAAAAAGCCAUCGUUGGGUCACCAUAUUCAGUAAAAGCUAGAGCAUUGAUUUAUGCACAUUUGGAACGUUUAGAGCUUCCAGCUAACACUUUACACGUUGAUAGACAGUAUAUUAUUAAACAUUCGCCUCGGUUAAUUGACGAAAUGAUCAACAGUUUGCUAUACGUUCUAGCUGUGGCAAUGGACGAAGCUAAUUCAAGGCAUAAAACACCGCAACACUUAGCUACCAUAGAAAAUUGUAUGCAUUUAAUUCCGAUGCUGGUUCAAGCACUUACGGACAAUGCUUCACCGUUACUUCAACUUCCACAUAUCACUCAAACUCAACUUAGACAUAUGGCGACUAAACAACGUAAUAUUAAAUCUGUUCGACAGUUGAUCAAUUUACCAGAUGAUAAACGUAGAGCCCUUUUACGAAGUCUUUCUGAUGAACAAUAUCGUGAUAUUCUAAUAGUUAGUUCUUCUAUGCCCUAUCUAGAAUUAUCCUAUCGAUGUGAAGUAUUAGAUGAAGAUGAAGAUGAUUCAAGUAUUUGGCCAUUUAGUAUGGUUACAGUUACUGUUCUAUUAAAACGUAAACCAUUAUUAGAUCCGAAUGCAGUGAAUAAUGCUACAAACGUUAAUGGACAUACUACUAAUUCUAAUACAAUUACUACUAAUACUGGUACUACUAAUUCUCCUACUACAUUAUCCGAUUCAAGUUAUUUCGAUCGUGGUCAAACAAUGCAACUUGACUGGAAUGCCUAUAAUAAUAAUGAUUCAUUGAAUUCUAAACUUUAUCCUGUCGCUGAUAUACAUGGUACAGAGACGUUAAAAUCGUUGAAUUAUGAUGAUUUUCUUGGCAGUGGUGGUGGUGAUGAAGAUAAGGUACUUGAUAAUGUUGGCAAUUCAACGAAGUCAUCAAAGAAAACCACUCCACCUGUUUGGGAUAAAAGUAAAAGGAAAAAAGGUGUACGCAAAAAUAAAUCACGUAAACAACAACAACAACAGCAGAAAAACUCUUCAUUGGGAUCGGAAAAAGUCAACCAAUUGGAAAUCAAUCCUACAGAUGAAAUUGAUUCAGAACAAGAAGAUAGUGAUUCUGUUGUUGGCAUUGAUAAGAUCCCAGAUCAUAUUGGUUUUACCAAUUCAUCGGUUCCAUCAGAGUUCUCUAUAAAAGAAAAAGAUGAAUCUGUUCAACCAAAUCAUAUUGAUGAUGGACAAGUCCAAAGAAAAAUCACAACGGAUACUUUCGUUGAAUCAUCUUUACCAUCUUCAUUAAAUACAAAUAAAUCUUCUUCAAGUAGAAAACCUAUGAAACCACACAAUAAAUUAUCUAGUAUGAUGGAUUCAAAAACACAUUGUACACAUGUUGUACAUUGUCCUUAUUUUCCUGUGGAGAAAUUUGAAGGUUGGUGGAUAUAUCUAGCUGAUAGGAAAACUCGUCAACUUAUCACUAAACCUAUUUACAUUGCCACAUUACAAACUGAAGAAGAGCUACAACUUAGAUUUGUGGCACCUCCUAUCCCUGGUCAGUAUUUGUACGUACUAUCCGUUCGUUCAGAUAGUUACAUGGAUUGUGAUUUCACUGAAUGUAUUCGUUUCACUGUUCGUCCACUUCCUGAAAGAAUAGUACAAAUCCUUAAGGAACAAGAAGAAGCUGCAUCAGAUGACGAUGAUGAUAGUAGCGAUACAUCAAGUACUGAUACUGAAGAUGAUGAUGAGGUAGAAGCAGAAGAAAAACAAGAAACAGAAAAUGGUGUCGUAAUAGACAAUGAAGAAGAUCCGGAUAUUGAAGUAUUGUCACAGGAGGAAUGUACUCAAGCAAGUAUGGUUAUUGUUGAAGAAUCAAAGAAAUGUGAUGAUGACCUUUCUUCAAACAAGAACAAUGUUGAUAAUAAACAGGAACCUGAUGGUGAUGGUGAAGAUGAUGAUGGUGACGAACAAAAUAUUCGUGGUCAUACUAGACAACUAUACCGUAAACGUGAUAAUAAAUGUUUGUCAGUUUAUUUGCCUAAAUCUUGAAGUAUUUACAUUUUUCAAUUCUCCUUCACACAUGUUUUAGUGUUAUUUUUAUCUAUCAACUUGCUGCAUUCAUACAUCUUCUUUUGACUAUUUAUGUAUGUUAAAAUAAACUAUAUAAUGUACCCAUGA